AUGGCAGCUGAAAAAGUAUUCGGCGAGAACGUCAGCGUAGCUGCCAACCGUAAACGAUCCGCUCAAAGAAUAAGGCCGAAAAUCCUGUCAUCAUUGCCACUCCAAGUGUUUUUGUAUUCCAGCAAAUACUUGUAUGUGGUGUGGACGGGAGCGAUGAUUUCUGUUCUAGUUAUCAAGUCACUAGCCGACUCAUCACCUUCAACACCAAACCUAUUCAUGUACACGCUCUUUGCUGGGUUUAUGCUGCUAGAGCCAUUGCGAAUCUUUAUGGGAUACACGGGGAAUCUACGAGAACAAGUGGGCGAGCUCGCCAUAUGCGUCAUACUGGGAAUACUGCAGAUCGUGAUUUGCGUCUACUUUGUUAAUCUGCAGCAGCUGGCUGGAAGUAGUCCAUUACCAUGGGAGUUUGGUAUUAAUAUAGCCUACAUAAUAUGGCUAGUGCCUCAAAUCUUUCUAGCAGUGCUUGCUGGAAACAGAUUCAUUCAGGCACAGAAUCAAGCCUUCCUGCUAUCGCUCGAUGAGCAUACGGGCCUACUUACUUCAACCCCCACAAUACCACCACCAAACAAGAAAGCCUUACUGUGA